GUAAAAUUAUCAAGUUAAAGCCGCUAUAAUAGUCGCAUUUUUGUUUCAACUAUUAGAGUUUUACUCUUUUUAAAAGUAAGUCAAAAAAUAAUCAUUUUUUUUUUAAAUACUUUGAUGCUCAGUUCCAGCUUAUUGUUACGGUAAAACAUUAAUUAGUGCUAGUUAACGUCAGCAUAAUGAAAAACAGUGGAGAUUCAAAACGACUACAAUUUGCUGCGGCCAUUGCAGCAAACAUAUGUGUGAUGGCUGGCGGCGCAAUGAUUGUCUGGUCAAAUCCAGUUCUGUUGAUGCUCAGCGAAAAUCCAGCAAAUGAAGAAAAUCCUCUGGGUCGGCCGAUCAAUGCAGAAGAGACAUCUUGGAUUGGAACAAUGCCCGCGACUGGUGCACUGAUCGGAAGUCUUUUUCCAGGAUAUUUUGCUGAAAGAUGGGGGAGACGGACGACUUUAUUGGCCAGCAUCAUACCAUCAAUGAUAAGUUGGACACUGAUUGGUACAGGAAGAAGUAUAGGAGUCCUCUACGCGGGAAGAUUUUUUGCAGGUCUAGUGAUUGCUAUUUCAUUUAACAUAACUCCGAUGUACUGUGGGGAAAUUGCGGAGACUUCGAUUCGAGGGAUACUUGGUGCAUUUUUUCAAGUAUCUAUUACUCUUGGUCAGAUAUUUGCAUUUAUUAUUGGUCCGUGUGUUUCUUACACCCAUUACUGGAUCGCUUGUGCUGCAUUACCGAUGGCUUUCUUCGUUCUCUUCUUCCCCAUGCCAGAGUCUCCGCACUACCUGGCGGCAAAAGGUCGGACAGAGGACGUCAUCAAAGUGCUGGCAAGGCUGCGCGGAAAAAGCGCAGAUGCUGUGGAAAAUGAAGCGCAUGAAAUUAAGGCAUAUGUUCAAAAAACUUACUUUGAAAAAGCGACGACCAUGGACUUGUUUAAAGCCAAGUCCAAUUUGAAAGCACUAUUUAUUACAUGUGCAUUAGUAAUUUUUCAAGAGAUCAGCGGAAUCGGUGUAGUCAUUAGUUACUCAGGACUUAUAUUUGCGAGUGCUGGAAAUUUCGGUAUCAACACUUCACUGAAAACUAUUAUUUUAGGGGUAGUUCAACUAAUUGGUUCGUGUGUGAACCCACUGAUUGUCGACCGAUUGGGACGUAAGAUCCUAUUGAUCAUUUCUGGUACAGGAUCCGCUCUAAGUCUUGGAGCGCUUGGACUCUUCUUUUAUCUCAAAGAUGCAGCAAAAAGUGAUGUCAGUGGCAUUGGUUGGUUACCAUUAACUGCACUGAUUAUAUACAUCGCAACUUAUAGUGUUGGAUUGGGUCCCCUUCCUUGGACAAUUAUGGGGGAAAUGUUUUCCCCGGAAAUAAAAUCCAAAGCAUCGGGAAUAACUGUUUUUACUAAUUUUUUGAUGAUAGUUGUUGUGAACAAAUAUUUUAUAAAUAUUGCUACGGCAUUUGGUCAUUACUCAGCAUUUUGGAUUUUCAGCUGUUUUUGCAUUCUCAGUAUUUUUUUUACUAUAUUCGUUGUACCAGAAACUAAGGGAAAAUCAUUACAAGAAAUUCAAAACGAACUUAGUGGCAAAGCUCAUUAAUAGAUAAUUAGUUUUUAAGAAAAUUAUCUUUAGGUAGUUGUUGUGUAGAAAGAUUUUAAAUAGACUUUUCAUGAUUGUUAUUUGAUUAAUUGCAAAUAAUGUUAGCUUAUUUUGAUUAAAAUUGACCACCUCAGUUUAGAAACAGCUCAAGUAGCGCGAAAACAACAGGAAGUUUUGGAACUGGCCCACAGGGCCAACCUGCCAGAUUUUUUUAUUUAAAGUUAGAUUCAAGAUAUAUCCACUGCCAGAAGUCGUCGACUAAUGAUCACAAAUAUUAAGAAUUUUAUUAAUAAAUUGAGUAAAGACGAAAAAUUUGGUGUUAUUUUAGAAAUCUGAUAUUAAAUGCUAAUUUAUAAAGAUAUUCGUUAAAUUACAGCUUCAUAUACUUUUGUCUCCAAUCAUACUUCCAAAACAUUCGUAAUGUAUAAACAAUUAUAAAAACCAGUAGACAAAUGCGUCAGACGUGUUUGUAAAAUGUCUUAUUUUUUUUUUUAUAUUAUACCUCGUUGCUAAAAAUAUCUUAUCUAUUGAAUAAGAUUAUAAAACUUAUUACUGUCAAAUUAUAAAGUUAAUGCCGCUAUAAUAGUCGCAUUUUUGUUUCAACUAUUACUGUUUCCGACCUUCUAAAAGUAAGUUAAAUGAUGAUCAUUUUUUUCUUUUUUAACACUUUGAUGCUCAACUCCAGCUCAUUGUAACGGAAAGUAUUAAUUAAUACCAAUUAACGUGAGCAUAAUGAAAAACGAUGGAGGCUCAAAACAACUACAGUUUGCUGCGGCCAUUGCAGGCAAUUUAUUACUAUUAUCAACCCUUGAUAGAUACUUACAAGUAUUUUGCU